AUGUCCAAUGACUCCAACUAUGAUGUGGCAGUGGAACAGAAUAUGGUCGUGUCUUUCCUCUACUCAGGCCUUUUAAAUGCUACUAUAUCUGGGGAUGACAUAUGGCUGCUGGACACAGUGAAAGUAUGUAUCCACGGGGCCAUCUUCGUGACCACCUUCUUCUUGACCUACCUCAUUGUGGUGACAGUGUGCCACACGGCCGAGCUGCGCCGCAACGUCCGCUUCAUCCUGCUGUGCCAUCACUGUGCCUGUGUGACCAGCUUCAACGCCGUGGGCACCGUCCUGCACGGCCUCCGCGCCCUCCGCCUGCCCAUCAGCCGCCUGACCUGUUGGCUCCUCUUUGACUUCCAGGUGGCUCUGGGCCGUGGCAUGGGCAUCACCCUCACCCUCAUGGCCAUCAACACCUGCCUUUCCAUUCUGCGGCCGCUCCACUACCCGAAGCUGGUGCGUCGCAUUCGGGCUUCCGUCAUAGCUCUGGCUUGGUUCGUGGCCCUGCUCAACCCGGUUCUGUUCACUGUCCUGGCUUGCGCCCAGUCCUCUUGGGCCUAUGUGGUGGCGCUGGACCCCGUGUGCUCCACCACGCUGGAGAGUCCAGCGUCUCGGUUCAGCAGCCUGGCGCUGGUGGCGUUCCUGAUACUGCUCAUCAUGACCAGCUAUGUGCUCAUCUACAUGGAGGGCUGCCGGGCGGGGCAUUUCUCACGCUCCAACAGCUACGGCCGCCGCACCAUCCUGAUCCACAUGCUGCAGAUGAUCCUGUACCUUCUCCCUCUGGUGCCCAUCAUCGCCAGGUUGAAGCACAAUAUGGCUGCCACAGUGACCAACUACGUGGUGUUCUUAGUGGGGCAAGGGCUCAGCCCCGUGGUGUACGGCCUACGCAGCCGGGAACUCCGGAAGCAGCUCCCCCGCUUCCUCCCCCGCUGGACAAAAGUGUUCCAGACCAGCAGUGGCAUCACAGACUGCUCUACGUGGGUGAGUGAUCUGCUUGAGUACAACGUGACACUGGAGAGAACUGGGGCCGUAGCUCUUAGCUAG